AUGUCGAAUCAAUAGAAGUGCAGCAAUUGUGGAGCAAAAGAUCAUAUUGCUAAAUUUUGUUAUGAAAGAACUAAAAAAGUUCCUGUUAGUAUUAAAUUAUCUACUUAGACUCAAAAAUUGAAUUCUAGAGAAAAAAAAGAAAUGAAAAUAUAAAAAAAAGAAGAAUAAAUUAUUACAUAAGUCUAAAAAAAAAUACCUUAAUCUAAAUAUGAGGAGGAUAAAUAUUUUGGUUUACAUACUUAAAUUUGGGGUAGUUACUGGAAUGAAGUUUUGGGUUGGGGAUUUGCUUGUUGUUAUUCAAAUUAAAAAUCUCAGGAAUGUUUGGGAGAAAAGGGAAAACGACAAUCCCUCACUAAAGAGUAUUCCAUCAAAAGAUAAAUCGAAGAAACACCUAUAGCAUAAUAAGAGCUUAAAUCAGGACCAUUAAAUCUUAAUGAAUUGUAUAGAAAAUCUAAUCUUCGAGAAGGUGCUCCAGUUGAUAUUAUUUACAAUUAAAGUAAUGCUACCAAUUGA